AUGGCGGUUCGUGCUCGGGUUGGUGUAUUCGCAACGUUGACGAAUUCAUAUGCUCUGGUUGCCAUUGGCUCGUCAGAAAACUUUUACAGCGUUUUCGAAGCGGAAUUGCAAGAUGUCAUCCCAAUAUGUCAUGCUACCAUCGCCGGAACGAGAAUUGUUGGACGAUUAACAGCAGGGAAUCGCAAAGGCCUUCUUGUUCCCACCUCAACCACAGACCAAGAGCUCCAGCACCUGCGCAACUCGCUCCCAGACGCCGUCAAAAUACAACGGAUUGAGGAGCGAUUAACAGCCCUCGGGAAUGUGAUAUGCUGUAAUGACCAUGUCGCCCUCGUCCAUCCAGAUAUCGAACGUGAAACAGAAGAAAUAAUCUCCGACGUGCUAGGCGUCGAAGUCUUCCGCCAAACCAUCGCCGACAACGUCCUAACAGGCUCCUACAUGUCCCUCUCAAACCAAGGCGGAAUCGUGCAUCCCAAAACCUCCAUCCAAGACCAAGACGAGCUCUCGUCGCUGGUCCAAGUGCCGCUGGUAGCGGGAAGCGUGAACCGCGGCUCCCCCGUCAUCGGUGCCGGGAUGGUCGUCAAUGACUGGUUGGCCGUUACGGGGAUGGAUACGACGGCGACGGAGCUGAGUGUUGUGGAAAGUGUGUUUAAGUUGGGGGAGGGCGCGCCUGGAGCUGUUGCUGGGAAGAACUUUAUAGGUGCGUUUGGGAAUACGCAUAAGGAAAGUUUGGUGGAGAGUUUUUAUUGA